AUGCCACAGUUUGAGAAUCAUAUCACCCGACAGAUUUUGUCCGGGAAUGAGCGCGAAAGUGUGAGGGUUCAUAAUCACAGAACAAUGUUGGAGAAGUGGCGGAUGGCUCAUUUUAUGACCGAGGUUGUCGAGAGGUCCGGUUUGAUGCCCCUUGUACGUCAUUCGUACAAGAAGGUGCUUAAGUUGGAGUGGUUGCGCAAUACUUUCAGUUCGGUGACAGAUAAUGACGAUGAGAAUAAAAGGACGUGCGCGACAAGGGCAUUUUUGUUGUACGUGUUGUCAUGUACGAUAUUCCAGGGCAAGACGGGGAAUAUGGGUACACUGCAGUUGUUGUGUUUGCUACAGAAUUUGGACAACAUUGGGACUUACGAAUGGGGUACAACUUGUUUGUGUCUGCUCUAUGAGGCGUUGUCGGAUGCUUUAAGGGCUAAUACGAAUCAAAUAAGUGGAUACUUGACGCUUCUUCAGGGUUGGAUUUACGAGCAUUUCCCCCAUCUCACACCGACGGUUAGGUCCGGCGAGAUCGAGGGACCGUUAGUUACACGAUGGGUAUAUCCACUGAAGUCCGACUCAAGUGAUGACAGAGCCCGUAAUCUGCGUACUCUGAUAGAUGAUCUGAGCUCCGAUGAGAUUAUAUGGGCCCCGUAUAAGGUCCUCCGUGACAGGUUUCCUAUGCCAGAGUUCACGUGGUUUAGUGGCAUAUUUCAGUACAUGCGUACUUUGGAGCCUUACCAUCCGGACAGGGUCUUGAGAAAAUUUGGGCGUGUUCAGAAGAUUCCCAGCCAACCGUAUAUGUCGAACGCUAUGUUUAGGAAGCAGAAGCGGGGCACACCUCAUCUUGUAUUUGCGGCGUACCCGUAUAUAUAUUCUGAGCGAUGGGAAGAUCACAUGCUUAAUGAGCGGUCCAUAUCAAUUUCAGUGGUAUUAGGAGAGCCAGACACUACACCCGACUAUAUGGAUUGGUAUAGGGAGCGGACCAUCACAAAACUCAGUACACUUCCAGUUUCUCGACCGUAA